AUGCCGACCUUUGGAGGCCUUCUCAAGAAGCGGCGGACGAAGGACUCGAAAUCAAAGGACCUCGACUCUCCUGCUGAGAACAACACCGCUACAAACACUACGCCGAACACUGCGCCAGCUGCCGUACAAGGCCAUCAUACAGCCCAGUCCAGCGUCGACAGCGCAGAUACCUCGAAUCUCCCUCUCUCCGCUGCCAGCGAGGACUUUGCCAUCGCUGCUGGUGCUGGUUCCGGCUCUGGUUCUUGCCCACGUUCUGGCUCUGGCUCUGCCCCUGCAUCUCUUGCGCCCGCCGCUGCUGCUGCUGGUGGAGUGACCGACGCUGCCAUUGACCCUCCCUCGACCAGCGUAACGCCUGCGCUCGCCAACAUGUCGACGACAUACCAGCGUCCCAGCCCCGGAGACGUCUCGCAGUCGAGAUCUCCCCAGCAGACACAGCCGUCCACCCUCCCCCAGUCUCACAAUGUCACCAGUAUCAAGAAUAUCAUAAACCCACCCCACCACGACGACCAGCAACAGCAGCAGCAGCAGCAUCAACCGCCGCAACAGCUACAACAACAGCACCACCACCAGCAACUACAACAGCAUCAGCAUGGUGCUACGGGGGCCACCGACGCCUCAAUUCGGGCCUCGCAGCGCCAAUUGAAGGGGAAAUACUCCCUCAGUGACUUCUCCAUCCACCGCACUUUGGGGACAGGCAGUUUCGGCCGGGUCCACCUCGUUCAAUCUAUACACAACCAGCGUUUCUACGCUAUCAAAGUCCUCAAGAAGGCCCAGGUCGUCAAGCUCAAGCAGGUCGAGCAUACAAACGAUGAGAGGGCCAUGCUCGAGCGGGUCAAGCACCCGUUCCUCGUCACUCUAUGGGGGACCUUCCAGGACGCAAAGAAUCUCUACAUGGUCAUGGAUUUUGCUGAGGGUGGUGAGCUCUUUAGUCUCCUCAGAAAGUCCCAGCGGUUUCCCAACCCGGUGGCGAAAUUCUACGCCGCAGAAGUUACACUUGCGCUGGAGUAUCUGCACUCCAAGCACAUCGUAUACAGAGACCUGAAGCCAGAGAACCUGCUUCUGGACAAGAACGGGCAUCUCAAGAUCACCGAUUUUGGUUUCGCAAAGGAGGUGCGGGACAUUACAUGGACCCUGUGCGGAACGCCGGACUACCUUGCCCCUGAGGUAGUCUCCUCUAAGGGCUACAACAAAUCUGUUGAUUGGUGGUCACUUGGUAUACUCAUCUUCGAAAUGCUCUGUGGCUUCACCCCCUUCUGGGACAGCGGGUCGCCCAUGAAGAUAUACGAGAAUAUCCUGAAAUGCCGCGUUAAAUACCCCCCGUCCCUGGUCCCAGAUGCCCAGGAUCUACUAUCGCGACUAAUCACGCCCGAUCUGACCAAGAGGCUGGGCAAUCUACACGGCGGAUCGCAGGAUGUCAAGAACCAUCCCUGGUUCUCGGAAGUCACCUGGGAACUGCUUGCCCAACGACGGAUAGACGCUCCGUACAUACCACCAGUCAAGGGCGGGUCGGGUGAUGCAUGCAUGUUCGAUACCUAUGCGGAAGAGACGGAACAGUAUGGUCUUCCGGCUGAGGAUGAGUUCGGCCAUCUAUUCCAGAACUUUUAA